AUGCUUUUACGCUUGAAAGUGAAGGUUUGCGAUGUAUCAGUUGAAAUUACGAGAAUUGUUGAGGAAAAAUCACCUGAACCAUCAUCACAUCAUCAUCAACCAACGUUACCCAUCUAUUCACUCGGGUAUUAUCUCAUUAGAGUCAACGACAACAACAACAAUGACAGAGAAAAAGAAGAAAAAUAUCAAGCAUUUGAAUGGGAAAAUUUGCUAGAAUGUCAUUGA